GUUCACGGACACGGAGUGAGGAAGAUGGGUGAUUAAAUUAAAUCAUAAAAUCUACGCUAACCAACCAUCCUCCCUCUUACUUCGUCGUGUCGUAUCGUAUCGUAGUAGUACGUCGAAUUUACACUGCGAGGGUUAAAACUCGAAUAGCGCCAAGGUGGUAAAAAAAGCAAGAAGCUGUUGGGUGGACGUGGAAGUGGAAGGAUGAGAGGCCAGAACACCAGUCAUCAGUGCAGUGGACUGGUGCGUUAAGGUGCCUUCAUCGUCAUCAUCUUCUUCUACUUCUUGUUCUUGCUCUUCUUUCUUCUCGUGAUGAUGGCUUCUCUUCUGUCUUUGUCCCUUCCAAGGCCAAUCAUUACCAAGGCAUCUACUGCGCCUGCGCCCACCAUUUCCCCUCCAGAGCCUCUCGACCAGAAGUUCGGCCGCAAAGGCAUCAAAUUCUCCGAUUCCGGCGAUGUGGAGCUCACCGUCAGAAACGGCAGCUCUCUGAAGCUCCGGAUACCCGACGCCCAUGUUACUUCCUACAAGCCCAAAGUCUACUGGAAGGACGAUGGUUUUGAGGAGGUUCUUUACACCCUUCCUCCUCCUCCUCUUGGCUCCGCCUCCAAUCCCAAAGCCCGAGGUGGGAUUGGUUUGGUCAUCAACAAUGUGUCGUCAUCGUCUCAACCCUCUCCUGUCCUCACUUGUGAGUGGACAGUAAAGGAUGUCGAUUCUGAUUCCAUUGAUGCUCUCCAGGUUGAAUUGGGCUGCAGCUGUGGAAGUCUGGAUGUAACCUACGUUGUCUCACUCUAUCCACUAAGCAUGGCAACAGCAGUGAUAGUGAAAAACAAUGGCCGCAAGGCUGUGAGUCUGACCAGUGCCAUACUGAGCCAUUUCAAGUUCAAGAAGAGAGGUGGGACAGCAAUCCAAGGGCUUAGAAACUGUUCCUACUGUACCCACCCUCCUUUGUCUUCCCCAUUUGAGCUUCUAUCUCCAGCUGAAGCCUUGAAAUCUGAGGACCCUUCUUUCUUCUCUCUUGGUUGGGAGCCUGAGAAGAAACCAGGAGUUUGGACUCUGCAGGAUGUGCCCAUCACCAUUUUGAAGAACAAGCUCAGUAGAGUUUAUGCUGCUCCGCCAACGGAGAGAUCAAAACAAUUCUAUGACACUGCACCUUCCAAAUACGAAACCCUUGAUCAGGGGCGGGAGCUCUUCUUCAGGAUAAUCCGGAUUGGUUUCGAGGACAUUUAUGUUGGCAGCCCUGGUUCUUACUCAGAGAAGUACGGAACAGACUACUUCAUCUGCACUGGUCCUGCUUCAAUGCUAGUUCCAAUGGUUGUGAAUCCCGGUGAAGAAUGGAGAGGGGCACAGGUCAUUGAACAUGAUAACUUGUAAUCAAACACCUCCAAUUCGAAUGAAAUAUAUUGGUUUUCUUUCCA